AUGUAUGAUUUCUAUUCUCAAAUUAAAAACUUUAUUGUUUCAAUAAGAGAUUCUCAUUUAAGUUUUGGUAUGGAUUAUACUGUUUAUAAACCAAAUUUAAUCCUAAAGGUAUUAGGCAGUUUCCUUCCAUUUUCAAUAUACAUUAAUGAUGAUAAGAAAAUGUAUUUACUUCAAAGAAGCACGACUGGUGGUAUUUCUGUUGAUGUUCCACAAGAAGUGAUUAAUAAUGAAAAUGUAGCAGUUAAAACAAUUAAUGGAGAAGAUCCAUUUGAUAUUAUUCGGAAAUUUGGAAAGAAAUACAUAGGAUUUAACUCUCCACAUGCACAAUUUGAAAAAGCAUGUUCAACAUUUGUUUUUGCCAUAUUAGAAGAAAUACCAUUAACAAAAGAAUAUUUAAAUACACCAAUAACUAUUAUAUGGGAAAAUGGAGAAAGUGUAAGUGUUACAUAUUCUAUAUUAAAGCUACCACUAUCGAGUAUAACAAUGAAAAGACCACUUCAGAUGAAGCAACUUAAACAAAGAUUUGAGCCAAGGAUAACAUUAGAAGAAAUAAAAUCCGAAAAUGAAAUGAUUAAAAGAAUGAAAAGAGAAGAAGGAAUAAACCAAUAUUAUGCUUCAAAGGAUGAUAGUGUAUAUUGUUCUUCUUCAAGUAAUAUUAAUAAACUUGAAAUUUUUUCAUUUAAUCCUGAAAGUAGUUAUAUAAAAUCAUAUGAAGAAACAAUUUCAAAAUGUAUUGAUUUAUUUGAUUCUAAUGAUUAUCCAAUUCAAGUAGUAUUCUCAACGAAUGAAGAAGAAAAUGUAAUUUAUUCACAGUGGAUAGAAAAGAUAUUAUCAGCAUAUGAUGAUGUUGAUAUGAUUGUUUCUGGGAGAAUAUCAAAUUUUACAGAAAGUGUAAUGAAAAGAGAAUAUGGAAAUAUUUUAGAUGACCCACAUAUAUGUAGAGUAAGAGAAAGUUAUGUAAGUCCAGAAGUACUUGGAGAGUGGUAUACAAAUCCAAAUAUUAUUAAGUAUGAUGAUGUUGAACAUAAAGUUUCACAACCUUCAGUUAUGAAAUGGGAACCAAUGAAAUUAAUGAGAAAACCAAGAAAACCAACAGAAAUCGUAGUUUAUACAGAUCCUCUUUGUUAUUCUGGUUGUUCAACAAUAACGAAAGGAUUAAAAGAAUGGGGAAGUGCUAUUAUUGUAGGAUAUGGUGGUGACAUAUAUGGUGAAGAUAAAGAAUUUGAAGUUGGAUUAACAUCAAGUAAUGCUAUUAAUGUUAAUGAUAUAGAUGAAGAUAAUAUUUUAAAACAAUAUGGAUAUAGUCUUAAAAUAAGUCUUUUAGAAAGAUACAAACAUAAUUAUAAUUACAAUGAAAAUAUUCCUAUUGAAUUUCUGACAGAUGUUGUUGAUGAAAGAAUACGUGUUAGUAGCAGUACUUAUUAUAGAGAAAGAAUAACAGAAGAAACAAAGAAAAUAGUAGAAAAGUAUAAAACUAAAUGUAAUCAAAAGAAUAAAAGACUAGUUAAAAGAGAUAGUAGAUGUGAUAAAGAAAUUAAUAUACAACAUGGACAUGGAGGAUAUGAAUGUGGAGAUAAUGGAGAAUGGAGUACAAAAUGUGUACUAGCCUAUUGUGAUUCAGGAUAUAAAUUUGAUUAUAUCAAUAAUAAAUGUAUUGAAGAUGUAUGUGUUUAUCCACCAAAUCCAAGCAAUGGAGCACAACGAAUGACAAUAAACAUAUUCCUGAUAAUAAUUGGAAUAAUCACAUUAAUUCUCUAA